UUGUUUAAAUGUUGGAUGCUCUCGGUUUGGAGGACAUAGUAUAAUCUCUUGUUAUUAUACACUUCUUCGCUGCAUAGUUACACGUCUACUGUUGGGGGAAACGAAGCAGCUCUCAGCCCAUUACUAGCUACAUCAACCUCGGGCUCAAACUAAUUAAAAUUAACACUGCAUUGCACGUCUUGACAUAACCCGUUAGAACAGCGGUGCUCACAUUAUGGCCUGUUUGGUGCCUGCCGGUGUGAUUUCCACCACAACCCUUCCGCAUUUUCCUGCUGCUCUCGGGCUGUGACGUGUCGUGCUGACGGCGGCCUCGGAGCUGGAGGAGCAGGGGGCUGUAGCAUGACAAGAACUGGCUCCAUACGUCCUGCUUUGCUUUCAGCCGAGCUCCAGAAACAACCCAUAACCCCUCCUUCUCCGCUCCUCUCCGGCCCGCCCAAAUAACACAAAAUUCCCGACUGAAUCCAGCCCGAGUCUGGGGGAACCAGGCGGCCUGGGAAGCCGAGGUGUGGACGGAGGCCAUCCCUGCAGCAUACAUCUGCGCUCCACUAACAAAUGCAGUGUGAGGACAAUGGAUGAGGAUGUCACCAGGCUAUCAAUACAUUCUGAAGAGCCUAAAAUAAUAUUACACGGAUCGGAUGAGGGUGGUGCCGGCGGGCAGGAGUUUGUUGUGGAGCUUCAAGAGACAGUGUUGGUGUCCGAAGGCGAGGGCGAGGGCGAAGGCGAAGGCGAAGGCAUGGCUGUUCACAGGUUCGCGCCAGACGAGCUCGUCAUCCAGGACGCUGUCGAGGAUGUGGUAUCUGAGUAUGUGCACUGCGAUGAAGACGAGGACGUAGCAGUGGAAACCUGCGUGAUGGCUCUUGACGGCGAUGAGGAAGGAGUUGCCAUGGGAGACAUCCCUGAAGAUGGGCUGGACCCUGAGGAGCAGGACGAUGACCAAGAUGGCUGUGGGGAUUAUCUCAUGAUAUCCUUGGACGAAGCUGGAAAAAUGGUGUCCGAGGAUGGAACAGAGGUCACAGUGGAGGGAGCUGUGGAGGACCAGGAAGUGGAGAAGGAUGAGGAUGGGCAGGAAGUGAUAAAGGUGUACAUCUUCAAGGCUGAUUCUGGCGAGGAUGACAUGGGAGAAUCGGUUGACAUCAGCGACGGAGACACGGAGAGUGUGGCGUUAACAGAGUCUUCAGGCCUCCGAGAGAAAAUGGUCUACAUGUCUGUCGGGGAUUCUCAUCACAAUCAAGGAAACCACGUCACCAGCCACCACCAGGAUCUCACACACACUCCCUUCCCUCGCAGCAAAACCCCAGAGCCUAAAUGCCCAACCCAAUCAACCCAACAGGACACAGCAUAG